UUGGGUACGACGGUUCGCUAGAGUCAAGCCAGUUUCACCGAUUUUUUUUCUUUGGACGGAAAAUCUGAAUCAUAAUUUAGAGCGGAAAAAUCCCUCGAAAAAAGACCCUUAACAUGGCACCUGCCACCGCAAACACAACGGUCAGUGCGGUUUUGAAUAAAACGACCACUGCAUCAUUGAAUAUCACAACCACCACCUCGUAUCCGAGCAUCAUAUAUGUCCCAGAUGACGGGGGAGACUACUAUUGGUCCUGGUACUCAGGCUAUGUUCUCUAUGUUUUGCUGAUCCUCAUGUUUAUGGUUGCCUUGCCGAUGGCUGCUGUUCUGGGCGCCAAACGCAAGCGGGAAGCAGCUGCUAGGAGUCUUGCCCUGCAGAGACAACGAGCCCGUCGCCAAAUGGAGAUCAAUGUGACGAGCAACUGCAACGGUGGUGGCUCCUCUGGAGGAGUCACCAAUGUGUGUGUGAAUACCCAAGACGAGCUGAGUGUGCUGCCCAAAACCUUGGAUCUACCGCCCAGCUACGAUGAGGCAGCUUUUAGCGAACAAAAGCAGGGCAGCACCCUGACCAUAGCCACCAGCUUGGAGGCCAGCAACCCGAACCUGGCGGUUGCCAUCAACGAGCCACCGCCGGUCUACGAGGCGAACAUGGCUGCCAGUACAACCACGACCACCACCACCACCACCACGUUCAUGGUCAACGGCCAGCCCCCGGUGAUGUAACUCAGCAUUGCGAUUUGGAGGAAUAUUACAAAUGUAUUUAAUUUAUCCAUUAAGAAAAAUGUGUACAGUCCUGCUUAUGUAUAUAAAUUUUGCGAACGAGAGCAUCGGAUUCACGACCUAUGAACCAACCUAAAACCUUCUUAAAAAUAUUUAAUUAAAGAUAAACCGAACCAUCCUGAUGUUCCGGAAGCAACACGAA